GUUAACAGAGUUGAAUGAAUUCACAGAUCAUGCUAAGAAAGUACUUACUGUGGAUGUAGAAACUAUGAAUUACGAACAGCUAAUAGAUGUAAUUCGUGUUCUGUAUCGUAUCAAGGAACGUGCAGCAGAAACUGACAAUAUGUUUGAGCCAAUUAAGAAUACAAUGGAUAUGCUGAAACAAUAUGGUGUCGAAUUUCCACCAGAGAUUUAUGAACUUUUGCUAGAUCUCCCUGACAAAUGGCUGCAAACUAAGAAACUGAGUGUGGCUGCGAAACAAAACGUAGCACCAUUAAUGGCAACGGAAAUGUCUAAUAUAAGAAAGAGGAUACAAUUGUUUGACCUAAGACAACAACAAUUUAGAGAACGCUUUCGGAAGCUUCCUGUUUUUAAGUAUCCCUGUGCAAAUCCUUACGAAUAUCUGGACAGAGUAAAUCUUAGUUUAGUUAGCAUGGAGGACGAUCUUGCAAAGCUACAGGAUCAAAGUCAUAUGUUUGACAUUCAAUUGCCGGAAUUUAAAGCAAUAAAACUCUGUCGAAAGGAAGCACGCAUGCUGAAG